AUGGGAUCACAGCAAGAACGAGCAAUGAGUUCGUAUACUCAAUGGAGUCCCCAAGAAACAAAAACUUUGAUACAAUCACUCCUAGAAUGUGUUGCUGCGGGUUUGCGUGAUAGUAAUGGUACAUUCAGCAAGCACAUCCAAAUUAUAAAAAGUUUCGUGAUAGAAACUUUUGAAGAUUUUGAUGAUCUAAAAGUUAUAUUUGAAAAGAAUGUAGCGUCGGGUAAGAGUGCGAUUGGAUUAGGCAAUACUACUGAUGCUCGAACAUGUGGAAUUUCAGAAACUGGAAAAGAGAAAACCAAUGAUGGUGAAGAGUUUUCCAUAAAUGUUGAGGAAGAUUAUGAAACACCAUCAUCUUUUUUUUGCAGCAGUUCAAUGGACACUUUAGAAAAACUCCCUGUAAGAAAAAGACAAAGAAAUUCUCUUAACAAAGUUGAUCCAAUAAUUUGUCCAGAAGUUGCAGAUGAAGCUUGUACUGAAGUGAAUGCUUUGACAACAAUCACUCAUAAACUCUUCGAUCUAAUACAAUUUUAUCAUUAUAAUUUUGAUGUGCCUAAUGUAUGUGUUUGA